UAGGCUAAACAUGGACUGUACAGUGGUAAACAACGUGAAAGCCGCCGCCAGAAGAGGCAAAGAAGUCAAGAAAGUGCUGAGAAAACAGCUGAAGGCCAGUCACACUUUACUGAAGCAUGAAGGCAUCAGUACAGCAUCGCAGCCUACCAAGAAUUUGGUGGUGGCUAACGGAGGCUUGGGAAACGGUGUCAGCCGUGAGGACCUCUCUGCCGCAAUGAAGCAGUUUGGAGACGUGGAAAGUCUGUUUAUGCCUCCUCAGAAGCCCUAUGCUUUUGUCACAUACAGAUCAGAAGAUGAUGCUCGGAAAGCUCACACCCAACUUAAUGGGCAGAAGCUCCAGUCUGGGGAGAACAGCGUUACUCUUUAUCUCAGUUAUGUUGAUUCAGAAAAGCAUAAAGAGGAAGUGUUGGUCCAUUUUCCUGAAGAAUUAGCCCUAGUGGAGGAUUUUGUGUCUCCAGAGGAAGAGAUUCUGCUCCUCGCUGCUGUGGACUGGUCAACUUCUAACCAAGCUCAGAAAGCUUUGAAACACAGGAGAGUGAAACAUUAUGGCUUUGAAUUUCGCUACGACAACAACAAUGUGGACAAGGACAAACCAUUACCUGCAGGUCUUCCUGAGGAGUGUCUGCCUGUUUUGCAUCGAUGUCUGCAGGAUGGACACAUUAACGUCCUGCCUGACCAGCUGACUGUUAACCAGUAUGAGACUGGACAGGGUAUCCCCCCUCACAUUGACACCCACUCUGCCUUUGAGGACACCAUCCUAUCUCUGAGUCUCGGGGCAAAGACGGUGAUGGAGUUUCGUCACCCAGACGGCCGAGUUGUUCCUGUUGUGUUGCCUGAACGCAGCCUGCUGGUGAUGAAGGGGGAGAGCAGAUACCUCUGGACACACGGGAUUACCCCACGGAAGUUUGACCUGGUGCCAGCUUGUGAGACACAGUCGGCUGAUCAUUCUGAGCCCAACCUCGUUUCCCACGGCGGUCUCACUUUGAGCAAGAGGGGCACCCGCACUUCCUUCACUUUCCGCAAAAUCAGACACGAACCUUGCUGCUGUGCCUUCCCCUCUGCCUGUGACAGUCAGGGAGGAUCCUCCCCAUGCCCGCCAUCUCAGCCCUCUCUUCCUAGUUGCCACGCUGACGCAACCCGUUUGGAGGAGGAGUACGUGCACCGGGUGUAUGACGCCAUCGCCUCUCACUUCAGCAGCACUCGCCACACUCCAUGGCCCCGCGUUUGCCACUUCCUGUCCGCGCUCCAGCCUGGAAGCGUGCUGGCCGAUGUGGGCUGUGGAAACGGGAAGUACCUGGGGGUUAACCCGCAGCUGAUCACGGUGGGAUGUGACCGCAGCAGCUCUCUGGUCCAAAUCUGUGCAGAGAGAGGAUUCAACGCGUUUGUAUCUGAUGCUCUUAGCGUCCCCCUGCGAAUGGACUCAUGUGACGCCUGCAUCUCUAUAGCUGUUAUACACCAUUUUUCCACACAGGAGCGUCGGCUGGCAGCUGUGAGGGAGCUGGUCAGGCUUCUAAAACCUGGAGGUCAGGCGCUCAUCUAUGUUUGGGCUUAUGAACAAGAGUACAACAAGCAGAAAUCUAAAUACCUUAAAGACCACAACAAACCGCAGAAUGGAGAGAAAAGUAAAGACAAACCAGAGGAGGGCCAGGAACCGCAUGAAGAGCCAAGUGUCCUCACCACCAGCCAUUUGGACAACAACUAUACUGGAGGCUUAAAAGAUGACAGCAAAAUGACGGAAGGCAAGCUUAGUGUUCACACUAACCGCACAGCCUUUAAUUCCCAGGACCUUUUGGUUCCCUGGCACCUUAAAGGGAGGAAAACACGAGGGGAAGAAGAGUUCAGUUCUGGUUUGAACACCACAAACUGUCCAGACUCUAAACUCAGUCCAAGUGUUGACACUUCUCAGGUUCCUGGUGGGAGUUCAGUCCCUGUUUUUCAUCGCUAUUACCAUGUCUUCCAGCAGGGGGAGCUGGAGCAGCUCUGCAUUGAGGUGACCGGAGUCAAAGUGCAAACCAGCUAUCAUGACCAAGGAAACUGGUGUGUUAUAUUACAGAAGGAAUAACAUCUUAAACUAAAUUUAAGUGCUCAUACGCAGUUUUUAAUUGAACAAUUUUGAAAAUUAAUCAGCUCGGAUAAAUGAUCUCUGAGGCUUUCUAAAUAAGUGAAAGGAGGAUCUUGCUGAAUAUUUGCUUCUGUGGAAAUUUAUACUCAUCGGUUUGAGUUGUCCUGCCAAUAAAAGACAAGUUUUCAAGGAAUGUUUUAUGGAUAAGUCUUGUAAUCUGGUGUGGAUUUAAUGUGAAUCUAUGGCAACAAAGUGCACAAGGUUAUUUAAGAAAAUGUUAGUGGCAAAGCACUCACAGAUGGCAGAUUAAAAGAAUUGUGCAACUAAGUAGGAUAGUUUAAAAAAGAAAAAAAUAUAUUUGUGCAAUAAAAAGACAAUACAAGAAGUGAAAAACUGCCAAUAACUUCAGGGAUGUGAACAUUGUGGGGAUCUGCGAUAGCUCUUUGCGCAGUCUCGCUGUAGGAGUUCUCUAGUUCUGGUCUUCCUUAUGAGCUGAUCUAACAGUUUCCUCUAAGCUGUAGAUAGGAUGCUGCUCCACCACACAACAUCAUAGGAAAUGGCUGAUGCCACCACAGAGUCAAAGAAGGUCUUCAGGUGCACUCCAGAGGAUAUCAGGCUCCUUAGCGGUAGAAUCUGUUCUGACCCUUCCUGUAAAAAACAUCAGUGUUUUGACUCCAGUCCAUUUUAUUGCUCAGACGAUCACACAUGUACUUAAGAUUCCACAAUCUCAAUUUCAGUUCCAUAAAGGAUUGUUCAACCUGCUAUUUUCUGCCUAUUUUAGAAAAACGAAAUCUGCUCCUCAGACUGUUUAAAAACAGAGAUAGGUGUUGGCAAAGAGUUGCAAUUAGAACAUCUUUCAAACGAUCAGUAAUAACGUUGCUGUCAUUGAAUCCUAGUGGUGGCUGACUAAUCCAGUGACUGAAUGUGCAUCUUUAUUUGCAAGGAUUAUUACUGGUUAUAAUUAAGUCUACAUGAGCUUAGAGUGACAGAAAACAACAGAACUAUAAAGGUUUAAGGGUAUAUGGCCUGAAGAGUUCUUUUAUGCUAAAUCCUGACAAUAAAUAGAACUAAAUCAAGCAGACUUCUAUUGCGCUGGAAGAUCUCAUGCAGAAACCAGCUUAAUCUCUUGAUUAUUCUUCAUAGUGCACAGGCUUUUCAAUAAUUCUCUCAACUUUAUUAUUAUUACUUUUUGUACCCCACUCCCUUUUAAUUUGUCUUUGAGGUCAGCGUCUGCUCUGAAAUCACUGAGCUGUAACUAAGCCAUAUAAACUUUCUGCCAGACCUUUUCCAGCUAAAGGGCUGCAGUAUAUGAUGUUGCUUCUGGCUCUGGAUGAUCUGCUCAUAUUUAAUAAGUCAAAUCUACUUUUUCUUUUUAGAAAAUAUCUUAAAUUGUAUCUUACGGAUCAGUUCACAGUCUGAGCAUUGUAACAUGCAUAUGCAGCUUUUUAACAAAUUUUGCCUAUUAAACCUAACCUGCAUUAUGUUA